UGUAAUCGACACACGUGUGCGUCGACGCACGAUAUUACGGAAGCUGCUUUACACUGUGCAACAGUCCUUAGCUCAAUAAUUGACGCGUAGUGAAACUACACCCAGUGAUGUUUUUGUGAAGCAUUAAAAGUUCGCGAAUAUUUUGAAAUAAUGGAAGCCCCACGUCAACUCCAUUCACAUCGCGUAAAUUUUGGAUGAAACAAAUUUUGACAUUGGAAGACAUCAAAUAGUCAUAAGUAAAAUGCCAGAGCUUGGCCCGAUGAUGCGCGCGCUCGAGUUGCAAAGAGUGAUCGAAGACAAAGUGGCGGAAUGGCGCGAAAGGUCAGCCCGGGUCGCCGGCGCAACCGUGGCCGAGUCUUAUCAGCAACCACUCAACUUCAAACGGCACACACAUAGACGCAAAAACAGCGCUGAAAUAAACAGAAUAAUCGCAAAGUAUUCAAAACCCUACAAGAGAACGGACGAACCCGAUCACGUCACACGGGACGUCCCGGGAAAAGUACCGACGCGACCACCUAGACACAAAAAGCUAUCAGUCACUAAAGGAUUGUCUAAAAGCGAGGACAACCUUGCCGCUGUUGGCGUUAUGGAAACAGUUCCCGACAAAAUCGAACACGUGAAACCACCGUUUAAUAUUUCAAAGUACAAGACGAAGAGCUGCGAAGACGUAACCGCGUUUGUAGACGUCCAUCAUAGUAUGAAAAGCAAACAUUUUGAGCAGCACAGCAUAUUAAAUGCAAAAGUCGUCCCGAGCAAUUCAAGGCUGAAACUCCACAGCAUCUCAGAAGAUAUAUCCGUUGUUUCUGAAUUAACGGACAGUGGUUUCGAGGUCAGGGACAAAUCAAGUUUUAUUACCUCUACACCGAUUUCGAAAAGGAAGACUUGUCCAGUGAAUAGUUCCCUGACAAAUUUAGGUGUUGAAAAGUGCUCUAUUUAUACGAACAGUGUCAAUGAUCUUAGGAAAGGUCGCUCGGAGCCGGACAUCCUCGGUGCGAAUAAAACUGAGUCAAUGGACGGUGUAAAGACUAUCGACUGGCGAAAACGAUGGAGACAAUUAAAGCCGCCUUUUAAAAAAGGUACUUUCGAUUGUCUGCUGCUUUGGAGGGGCCGAAGACCGCGAGCGACAGUGGAGUCUUCUCGUAGAAUACAAGAAGUCGAUGACAGCUUUUUCGAGAAAUUCGGCUCAAUACUGAAACAGGCAUCCCAGAGAGCUGCUCUAGAAGAAUCUACGCCUUUGGCUCCUCUCAAAGAAAUUGAAGAGGACGAUAACGAGCAGAAGAUCGGAGCAGAAUUACGAAGCGAGCUUAGAACUGUAACCAGAGACACAGACAGUGGCAACGAGACAUUAUUGGACACAGAUUCUGAACCUGAUGAACAUGAUAAGAUAGGACGGAUAAUCGAGGCAGUUGGCUGGAAUAUUGAUGAACUAUACUUGGAAAUACUUUACGAGAUCCUACACAAUGUCGGGGGAUGUGAUGUAGGCUGUGAAGUCGGACAGCACGCGAUGCUAUCAUACGUGCAAGAAGCAUUUAAAAUAGGCAAUGAUAAACACACGCAACUUCUUACCAAAGCGGAGGCUAAAGAGCCUCCGGAGUUGAUGCUGAAUGUCGAGGUGGUUGAAGCCAAAGAUUUAGUUCCUAAAGACCCGAAUGGUCUCAGCGAUCCGUUCGUUACGAUUUAUUUGAUGUCGAACUCGUCACACCGGUACAACACAUCGGUGAAGUCGGGAACUCUAAAUCCUGUUUGGGAAGAACAUUUUUCUUUACCCAUGUCUGGCACUGUGAAUGAAGAUUCCCUUUGCCUAGAAGUGUGGGACUUCGAUCCAGCAGAGACGGUCAAAGAGAAGAUGACGAAAAUAUUUGAUGUGAAGGGCGUGAAAGGUCUCCGUAAACUGGUCAAGGAGAUCGCGAUUACAGCCUCAACCGGAAAACAUGACAACGAACUGAUUGGAACAUCUAAUAUACCACUCAAGUCCAUUCCAGCCGGCGGUAUGGCCAUGUGGUUCAGUUUGAGCAAGAAGAGUAAGCUGCGUCGUCAGGGCGUCGUCAAAGUGCGACUCAACUUUUCCUCGGAAAAGAAUAAUCAAGUGGCGGCACAGGAACAUCGGCAUUUGUUAAGGAUCGUUCUGUUGCACGAACUUGAAAAUUCGAAGGUGGCCCCGUAUUGGUGGUGUGGAAACUUCAGCGCUCCAGCCGAAGCGAUCCUCACUCAGCACGUGGCGCAGAGCGGCCUCUCGCAGCUCGACAACAGCCUCGUGCAGUGGUCCGUCUACUGCGCCGUCACACCCGACCAUCCCUUAAGCUUCAACCUCUUCAACACGCUUCUGGAUAAACUAACAAAGCCAUUGCAAUCAAGUCUCAUUAUAGAAGAGGAUGUCAAGUUGUUCUGGGAUGGCGCAAGAAAAUUACUACCCACGUGUUAUAGUCACAUUAGAAAAUUAAGAAAGAAGACAGCCGGUGAUAAAACCGUAAUGAAAACUCUUAGAGAAGUCCUUAAAAUACUGUACAAACUAUCUAUAUUGGAUGUUCCGGAGUGUAUAGAUUUGUUCCCUAAGACUUCUUAUGGUUGGCUGAGAGAUGACGCUGGGAAACUUAACGUGUACGAAGUAUUGAAUCAAGCAGUGAUACAGGGCGCCUCCGACUGGUUCGUUCAUAUAUUAGACAAUAAUGAAUGCAAGGAUAACACUGAAGAAUCGCGUCUGCAGCAUUUGAUCAGGGUCAUCCAGCUCGUGAGGUCCGAUUUGCAAAGAGCUGUGGAAUAUUACGACAGAGUUUUCAUAGAGGUUAUGAGUUUUCCAUACACGAAGGCCCUCUAUGGUCUGUACGAGAGCAAGAUAGCCUCGUUGGUCGAACCUGAGGUUAUAGAAGUGUGCAAAUGCCUUAAGAGGCUCCAAUAUAACGAGGGUUCCACUACAACCGUUCAUUUGGCUGGAGGCAUUGCCGGAGUUACAGGACUGGGUGCUCCGGAAGUGGCCAAUGAGCCUUUGUCUAUGGGGACCACACUGUUUGAGCUAUAUUUGGCUUUACAGAGGUUUUUGCUGUUAGGCCAGGGCUUGAAUGAGACUGAAUGGAGUUCCUAUGCGAUAUCUAAAUUCCACGGGUGGUUUUUCGGCGGUGUCGCCCAGUGGCUGGACAUCGCGGCUUUCAAAGCUCUAACACGUAUAGAAAAGGCAGUCGACUUAGACAAUUUAGUUCCGGUCGACACUAACGUGAAGUACAGCAGUUCCGGAGUCGACACUCUCGCUAUAUUUUAUCAGAUUAAAAUAUUCUGGCAACAAUUAGCGUGGCCCGAUGUUGAAGGUUGUUACACGUUCGUCGCUAAGAUUAUUGACGAUAUUUGUCGUUGUUGCGUAUUUUAUUCGGAUAAAAUGGCGAAUAGAGUGGACAGCGUCGGGACUGUGACUACUGUGUAUGAAGAGAGAUUCGAGGUUACAACAGAAUGGUGUGUUGCCAUCAACAACAUAGAUUACGUUAGGCAAAGCUUGGAGCCAUUCGUCGAGGAGCUGGGUAUGGACGAUAUCAUACAGAAGAUGUGCGAAGCUAGAUCGCCAAUUGAAGCUCAAAGAUGUAAAGAGACUCUACAAAACGUUAUUGCCAAUGCAAUAGACACAGUUAAAAACAAAAUCGUCGAUCUCUUAGAGGUCAUGAUCAAAAAGAUGAUGCCAUCCAUUACCCGGUUCUUAGUGGAAGGUGCCGAACUACUACAUCAAGACUGUUCAAGCAUGGAUCGCGUUAUGCGAUACCUAGAGGCGAAUCUCGAUACAUUGUACCAGCAUUUGAACAACGAAAACUUUUCUAGAACUCUAGAUAUCGUUUGGGAACAACUCGGAGAAGUCUUGUAUGAAUUGAUACAAGCUAACUUAGAAAAACGUCGUCCGCCAUCUUUCUUUUCGAAUCUCCACGAAUGUUUGAAGAUAAUGAUACGAUCUUUCCGUCAAGACAACAAAGAGAUGUACUCCUCGGAUACCCUGAAACGCGUGGAGUAUUUACUUAAAUUACACGGUAUGGAAACGAGGGAGCUAAUUCACGAGUAUCACCUUGGGAGGUGGCAAGAACAACAGUCUAUUGUUGAACCGAAAAUGGGUAUUUUGACAGUCCGAGCUCAGUUCAUCGAUGACAAUUUGAAAAUCGAAGUCAUGAACGCUAGAAACCUUGUGGCCACUGAUUCGAAUGGGUUGUGUGAUUCGUAUGUGCGUGUGGCGCUGCUACCAGAAGAUUCAUUCGCGAAUGUUGUAAAACCAAAAACGCAGACGCACAGUAAAAAUCUGUUCCCGUUGUACGACGAAAUGUUUCUCAUUCCUCUGAGUCCGGAGCAGCGUGGCAUCGCCGACGGACUGUUGCAUUUCGUUGUCAAGGACAAGGAUAUGUUCAGUGUGAGCAACACGUUUGUGGGGGAGGCGUAUCUACACUUCAGCGAGAUACCGGACACGCCCGCGCCCAUCGGAAGCCUGCCGCAACAACAUCUGCCUUUAUCCAAACCUAACACAGUCGAUGGCGAUGCGAUCAAGGCUUUGGACUCACGACAGGGAGACAGGCAAGCUCGGGAUUUCAUCAAAAAACAAAGACAGAAAAUGCCGAGCAAGCAAUUCUUUUCCUUAGGUUAAUAGUACUCGUUUCUGUCAUAAAUAUUAGUUGUGUGUAACUUAGUCAGAGCCCCGCACUUGCGAGUGGUAGAUCGAUAUAGAAAAUGGUCACAGCCCUGUAACUAUUGUGAAUAUGAAUAACACCGUGGAAACUAUAUAUUUUUUAUGUAAAUCUAUACAGCAGAGUUUAUAAUAAAUAUUGUCAUAAAAAAAGAAAAAAACACGUUAAAUAAUCAUAAAAUUAAACGAAAUUUUAAUGCUUAAGAUUAAGUGUAUUGUAAUAUAAUUGAAUUGCCUAUUAAUAAUACUCUUUCAUAAACCUCAUGUUUCGGAUGUAAAUCUGAGAGUCCGGGAACGCUGCCGAAGACGAAACAAUUAACUAUUUUUAGCGCGCAUUGUAAAGCGUAUCAAAGUGAAGACUGCGUUUAUUCGCUGAUAUUCGACCUUACUGAUUCCUACUAGACUUCUAACUCGUUUUUAAUCUCGGUAGCUACCUACGCUUACAUCGAUCUUUAUAGGCUUCGCCUUAAUGCCAGGAGUAGUCGUUGGUUAAUAUAAAAAAGAAUUUGUAGCAAAUGUUUCAAAUAAAAUUUCGGGUUUUCGAUUACCGUGUUUUGUACGCUUUACAUGGCGCGCUUUAAAAUAUCAAAUCGUUGAAACUGUUUAUACCGUGGGUUGUUAGAUUGCAUGGCGGAUCGACGUCCAAUUGAAUACCCGGAAUGAUGGUAGCACAGGACUGGCACUGGGGAUACUCUUAGAAGGGGCUAUAUCCAGCAGACGGUGUUUGUAGACUCAUGAUGAUGAUAUCUAUCACAAAUGUUCAGACAUACUGCCAUUUUUGUCUUCAGAAGCGUUUCCUUUACUUAAUAUAUUUGUAUCAAAUCACAUUUGAAUCUCAUUUGUAUGGGAUAAAGCUGAUUGGGAUUAACAAAAAGCUAUAUAAAGCGAUGUGUGUAUUUAUGGACAAUAAUGUAGUUUAGCUUAAAUAAUGUUGCUUAUUAAAAUAGAAAGAUUUAUUUAGAUCUCUUUAAGUGAAAUCGAGUUAAUUGUUUGUGAAAUAGUGAAGAAGUACAUAACGUUUAGUUUUCAAAUUUUCACAAAAUGUAUGGUGCUUUAUUGUUAGCCUAUCGAUACGGUCGUGUGUUGAAACUGAAUUAAAGGAUUUUGGAUGUAAAAUAUAGAUGAACUUAAAAAAGAGAAUGCGAAGACUUUUUCCAACUUUUUUUUUAAUCCUUAUAUGACUGAUUUAAAGAUAUCAAAACGUGGAUCCAGCCAUCCACUUUUGAGAGAUGAGGUCGAAGCCUCAAUUGUAUGAUAUAGCGUGUCUAACGCUUAAACCGGAUUGCAGACUGCUUCGGAGCACAAAUAAACAGAGUCCUGGUACCAAUUCGCUCGUAAUCCGCCCCACAAAUAAUCCAUAUGUCUUAUCAAAUGUUUUAUAUUAAAGAUAUUAAAUCCAUACAAUAUAACACGGUUUUGUUUAUAGGUUGCCAUGUUUAUAAUCGUUAGCGAAUACGAAUGUUGGCUGAAAUGAGUAUAGCGUGUAUUUAAUAUAAAAAUUGGACUUAAAAAAAAAUAGAUGCUAAAGAGUCUGUGAUAAAGAGUCGUGCCUUAUUUAUAUUUCGUAGAAUUAUUUUCAAUUUCCAAAUUCCGUUUUAUUUACUUGCCGAUGUUUAUUAUCGUAUUUAUUUUUAAAUCCAAAUUUAUAAUGACUCAUUCGUCCUUGCAAUGAAAUGGGAAUGAAAUUGAUAUUAAUUUUUAAUUUUCUUAAUGCAAUAAAUUUCAGUUUUAAUUUAUUGUUUUUUUUUCCUGCUCUGAUUGUCAACAUACAACAUA